AAUGUUUUGAAUGUAGCGUUACGUUAUGGCUUGCUCUACUACUGCGGUACUAAACACUGACAUUUUUGCGUUCAACAAUUAUCCUACCUGAUGAUGAAUGACUACGUCAAUAAAAUUGAACCGGAGAACACAAAGUAUUCGUUAUUUCAGUUACAUCCAAGUUCAUGUACUGCUAUGGAAACUGAAGUGGAGAUAACAGCCAUGUGUUCAUUUUCAGACUUACUAUUUAUUGGAACAAGCAAGGGUUUAGUAUCUCAACUGAUUAUUCAAGAGUUGUAUGACAAUAAAACAUCAUUUUGUUUCAGUAAUGUUCUAUCAAGGAGAAUAUUUACUAAGCCUAUUUCAAGGCUUGAAACUUCUUCCAAAAAAACUACACUUUCUAUUUUCAGCGAUGAAAAUCUUACCUUAUGUAACGCUGAAAAAAUUGAGAUCAUGAAUUUUAUUCCAUCUUUCAAAGGCGUUUCAUCAUUCCAUUUGUGCUCUUUCGAUGAUGAAAAAGAAAAGCUGUGCAUAGGAUUUAAAUCGGGUUUAAUCCAACUACAUCAUAUUUUUGUAUCGACAUGUAUGCUUGUUUUUGAGACCAGGUUAACAGAAGUUCCACAGUCUCUUUGCAUCUCACCACAAUUUUUAUGUGUUGCAUCGGACAGUAGUUACAUAUCAAUAAAUUUACGCACAAACAGUACUACAGAGUUGUUGCGUUCAGUAAAAGAACCAGUACGAAAUUACAUAGUCUAUUUUACUCAGAAUGAAUUUAUUGUUUCUGGUCCAGGAUCAUUGGGUAUUAUUGUCGAUGCUAAUGGUGUAUCUCAUCGUGCACCACUUCAGUUAUCACCAAAUAUAGUAGAAGUUUUUGUGUGGAGAAAUUAUUUCUUCACUAUUACUGACGAAUUUUUUACCAUUCACAACAUCUUGACACAAUCCCAGAUACAAACAAUAAAUCUUCAAAAGCCAUCUGUAGCUUGUUUUUCUGCUGAUGCUCAUUUGUUAUACUUUACUGGAACAUCUGACUGUAAUACUGACACUACAUCCAUCAGAAAUAUUCAAGUCCUAGGACCAGAACGUUGGGAUUUGAUUGCACGGAGGUUCAUCUUAACUGGUUGUCUUAAACAAGCUUUCCUUGUACAACAACAAGAACGAAAUCGUCUUACUCAAGCCAUGCAGUUGCAAGUUGAGAAAUUCAAACAUGAACAACAAUUAUUCGAUAAGAGACGUCAACGGGUACUUGGACUUUUAGGAUUUUAUCAUUUUGAAAAGGGCGAACUAGAUAAAGCAGCUUCCUACUUUGAACAGAGCACUAUAGACAUACGUGAAAUUCUGUUUCGGUAUUCUGAUCUCUUGCCAAAAGGUUGUUAUUUUAUGCCAAAUUGGUUUUACAAACUACAUCAGACUAAUCCCGAAGCUAAUCAUGAUAAUGACGAUAAUGCUCAAACGUCUGGAAUUAAUUUGACUAGUGAUUUGUGCAUUUUAAGAGCUGCAGAAGAUUCAGAUAAUGAUGAUCAUGAUCUAACAAUUAGUUCAUCAUGGUUAUUAAAAUAUGAAGAAUUCCUUUUCAACUUUUUGCGUAAACAUCAUAAAAGUAAAUUUGUUGAGAAGCAUUUACAUUUUGUAGAAACGGCUUUAGUUAAACUGUACGUUCGAUUACAACAGGCUGGUAUUCAACCAUAUCCCUAUGAAUUAAUCAUUGAUACGUCUUCUAGUGAUUCUCAGUCAGGUGAAGGUGGUCUCACUAAGUCAACUAACAAUAAUAAUCAAGGUUUAGUUGAUCUGAUUUCAAGCUUGAUACACAUUGACGUGGAAGAUUUAACUGUCUACUUAGAAAAUAAUAAUGCUUACCAUGCUUUGGCGCUUAUUUAUCGUUGGCAAGGUAACCUUUCAGGUGCAUUGGAAAUAUGGCGAAAACUAGUUUACAAUGAACUAAAUGAUUCUAGUUUUCCAGGAGUAGAAUUUUAUAUUUCUAUACUAUUGGACUUAUCCGCGCAUAAUUCAACUGACUCUCAGAAACAAUCACUUUAUAAGGGAGCGGCUAUUCAUUCGUCAAAUGAUGUAAAUUAUGAGUUCUCUGUUUAUGCUGAAUUAGUUUGGAAUCAUUUUAUGCAAGCUUUAACAACUAAUCAUGAGAUUAUAGCUGAACAGCUCAUGCUACGUUUUCCUAUUCCCUCAAGUUAUGUUAAUUCAUCAUGUGAAUUGUCUGUUAUUGAAGGCAGUACAACCGAAACGUCCUUGGAAAGUAGCCUUGCACCAUCCCAAAUUCUAUCACCUAAUCAUAUUAUUCAAAGUCUUAUUUCUUCAUAUCCAAAUAUGACAAUGACUUAUUUGAAACAUUUGUGUUCUUCUCUGCCCAAUUGUCAUCCAGAAAAUCAUAAUCUGUUAGGCAAACUUUAUUUAAAUACCCUAUUAAUGAAAUUAAGGAGUACUGACAAUUUAUCUGAUGAUGAAAUGAAAAAACAAAUCCGUAAAUUGAGAACUGAAUUUUGCCAACUGAUCCGUUAUUCAUUAUUGAUAUCACAUAAAACACUACUGGACCGUUUAUACAAUGAGAGUGUUGCAGUUCAAAAGAAGCUCGCCUAUGAACUAGCGAUUCUUGAAGGAAAGGCCAAUAAUCAUGUGAAGGCUUUAAAAUAUCUUAUUGAAGAUGUAAAUGAUUAUAAAGCCGCAUUGUACUAUUGUCUUACAUUCAGCCGUCAACAACCUAUUCAUUGUAGUGCACGUAACAAUGAUACUAAUGUAAAAUGUAAUACAAUAGCAGUAAAUUCACUUGGUACUUAUCACCAUUGGGACCAGUUUGAAUUUAUAGAAGGUGAUUCUAGUAAUCAAUCAAUAUCCUCCUUGUUAUUUACAACAUUUGUUGAAAUCUGUCUUGAUAGGUAAGAAUUCGACUUGAUUUAAAUUAUAGUUUACUAUUUAUGGAUUAAUAUUUUCAUAAUAAUAAUAUGUAGGAGGGUUUUUAAAACUUGAUUUAUUCUCAUGAAUAACUUAAAAACUGUCUACAAACUUUAUUAAAUCAUUAUGAUGAAUAUUAAUUGUGUGUUAACUGCUGAUUAGGGUCGAUUAUGAGUUCUUGGAGUUAUUUUAUGAUACCAUGGUCUGUUUGCUCAACUCUGUGACUGGAUAAUAUUGUACUCAUUUCAAAUGAUAUGUUCAAUCCUAAGAUUAGUUGUGGAUAUGCACCACCGAGGAGCAUCAAAUUAAAACAAAAUACACUUUCAAUACCUUUUAGUUUUUACUGAUCAUCCAUUGCAUAAUAAAAAUUACUUUCCAGUUGUUAAACUGUAGUGUUUGGAAAUAAUGGAAUUCGUAAUGACCAGGAGUACUGUAUAUACCAGUAUCGAAAUCAGUGAGAUUACAGUGAGCACAAUUAGAAGUAUUGUAUUUGAAAAUCAGCUCAACCGUAGAAUCGCGUACAAAAGAAAUCAUCGAUUAGUACAAAUACCACAAAAACAUCUCGACAAAAUCAAUAAAGUAAAUUAAGAUUAUUAGGUCAGAAUAUUCAGAAUACAGAUUUAAUGAACGGAAUUACAAGUGUAGUCUAAUGAAUUGAAAGAUAAUAAGAAUGAUAGUGAUAACUGGAAUAGUCAUUUGAAUUUUUGUUCAGUUUCCAUAAGUUGUGAUAUCUGUGGCUUCCAAAAGUAGUUGGAUUAUAUUGAUCAAUUAUUUCAUUAUCAAGUCCAAAAGAAACUAGUAUACGUUUUACAGAAAAAGUCUCACUAUUGUCAUGAGUUUUUAUUCAAAAAUUGUAUUUAUACAAAGUAAUUAAUAGAUUAUUACUUUUAAUAUGCAUUUUUGAAUAAUUUUGAUUUCAUUGGAAUUUAUGUGGUUCACGAAAAGUCAGUGAAUAAAAUGAUUGACUACAUCUACCCCUACUUUUUUAUGUCUCUUACUGAAUUCAUAUCACUUCAUACAUUACAGUACGUAGUCCUGAAGCAAAUAUUUGAUCUGAUUUUUGUUAAAUGAAUUGUCAGAUCAAUCAGAAAACGUAGAAAUCGUAAGUAAGUAGACUCCAAAAACAUAAAUGUCGAAAUAUUCAAGUUUGGUUAUAUCCUAAAUACUCUGUGAUCUGUAAAAUAUUAAGUAAUUUAGUACGUGGAUGUUAUAAGUUGUAAGCAGUCUAUGAGAUUCCAUUGAGCUAAAGUUUCAACGCUACUAGCAUCAAGUGAAUAACCAUUAGAAAUCAAUGAUAAUCGAAUAAUUGUUUCUACUUAGUGGGAUGUUAUGUUGUAUUGAGUUUGUUGAGACAGCUAUUUUUUAGUAUUGUGUUAUGAUGUGCGAAUCACCUAUAGUUAAAACUGUGAAUUAUUGGUUUUCAACUCGUUUAUUCAGCGGUGCCUUUUUCACUGAGAGAUGUGACGAUUUUUGUUUCCGUUUCAUGUAGGAUCGCGAAUAUUCUUUAUAAAUUAAUCUCAAACUGAGAUGAAUCAGUUAUCGAGUGCAUCUUGGUUUUUGCCAUUUUUUAUUUGAUUACAGUUCAUAAUGAAGGACAUAUUUGAAUUACGUGUUACAUUAUUUAGUCAUGUUAUCAGAAAUUAUCCGUAUUUUUCAAGUGUGAGAUAUAAGUUACAUAAUAGUAAUAAAUAGUAGUUUAUAUAAAGAUGUAUGGGAAAAUUACCCACUUGACGAAUAUCAGGAAUAUGAAGGACGAAAGAAUUUCGCAAUAAUAACUUGUAAAAUUAGAAGUGGUACUAAGAUCAUGGUGCAAUAACGUAAUAAAUAUGUCUCUCGUAAACACAAAGAUCGGGGUUGAAUUGGUGAACCGACAAUUUCUCAGAAAUGUACAAAUUUCUGAUCCAAAUUCUUAAUUCAGUUUUUGCAACUUUGUAGACACCCUUGAAUGGUGAUUCCUUUGAGUUGAAAUAAGGUAACACUCUUCUAUUUUGUUAUAAUUUAUAAGUAAAAACUAACCAUAAAUAUGACUGUAAAGUUCAAUUAAAUGAUAUUGUUGAAUAUAAAAUUUUAUGCGCCGAAUCCCUUUCAUUUUUCAUCUACGUUAAAAUCACAGAAAUUUAUAGUUUCUAUCUAUUUGUUACGUGAAAAUUUAACACUUCGAAAAUGAAAGUGUUUUGUAACGUCGAUCGAGUCAGAACAACACACAUAUACGAACAAUAUUUUCAAUUAAACACUUCAUCAGACUUUAAUGUAAUUUUUACAUGGAUGUAUUAAAAAUAUUGGACCAGUCAAUACAAUAUGUUGGUCUAUUGUAACAAUGAAAAAGUUUUACAUAACUGCUUGUUUGACAGGUUCAGUAAUAAAUAAAAUAUUAUAAACAAAGUAGCAAUAUGAAUAAGAAUACUGACUUAAGAAGUAGGUCAAAGUUUGCAAAGAUAAAUGUAUCAAAAUAAUUAUUAUUCUUAACUAGACCAUUGUUAAAGACUAAAAAUGACUGAAUAGCUGUUACGUCUUAAUAUGGGACCGAAUAAUGUGCAGCUAAUACCCUUCCAUACGAAAUCGAACCCUAGAACGUUGGCCCUACAUGCGAACUCUGAGCGCGCUGCUAAGUAGUCACACGUUUAGAUCAAAUAAUGGUUCAGUCCUCUCUUGUUUUCAAUGGUGAUCUAGCUAAUACUAAUUCGUGAUUUACAUAAUUAAAAUCUUCGGCAUCUCCAUAAACUCCCUUAUACUAAAAAUACUAAUGACUGAAAAUUACGUACUAAUAAAUGUAUGAAUAGUCAGUUUAAGUAUACAGAUAAUUAUCAUUAAUUCAGAAAUUGCUUUAACUGAUCUCUACCUUUUUCAUACAUGCACAUAAAAAUUAUGGUAUAUUUGGUAUGAAGCUGGAUAAAUAUCUAAUUGGAAACAAUUUUGUUCAUUUAUUUGUGUUGUUAAGAACUUUUACACUAUGAAAAUUUCUAAAGAAAAUUCAUCUCCAAUCUAUUAAAUUACUCAAAAGUUUAACAAUUAAAAACAGUGAAUUGAAAACUUUCGACAUUAUAAUGUCUUUUUUCAUUUGUUUCUAUGUAUUCGUUUUCCUCGCUGUUUGUUUGUCUCUGUUUAAAUAGACUUCAUACUAACGAGAACAAUUCUAAAGAUAUAAAGAAAAUGAUUUUGAAUCUUCUGAAUAAUCCUGAUUUAAAAUUUAAUUAUUCAAAGUUAUUAUCUCGUUUUCCAUCAACAUGGAACAUUCUGGAAAUCAAACCAUUUUUACAUAAUGCAUUUCGAUCUACUCUACAAGAAUGGUCAGAACUUCAGUUAGAAUAUGGUUUGACUAAAUAUAAUGCGAAAUUAUCUAUUGUUGAUCUCCCUAACAAAUCACAUUGUCUAUUAAUUAAAGAUGAUACUUUGUGUUCUGUAUGCCAUCAAUCAAUUUGUGUAUAUGGUCCAUCUGAUAGCUUUGCUUGGCUUAUUCCUAAAAACAAAGUUGUUCACACUCACUGUUUGUCAUCUAAUCAAUGAAUAAAAUCUAUGCUUAUGUAAUUCCUUUUUCCUCUAAUUAUUUUUUGUACUUUUGUUGUUUGCCUAGUGUUUUCUUAUUUAUUUAUUUUGUUUUUUCUUCUAUCCUGUUGAUCAUUAAAGUCAUUCAAACCGACAAACUGUUCUGCACUAUAUUUACUUAACUUUUUUUUCUUUGUUUAAUGUACAUAUUUACAUGUUUUCUAUGAGCUAUUACGUUUUCUUGUAUUUAUAUAUACAUAAUAUUAACAACUUGGUACUUG